GCGCAGGUGCUGCUGGGCCCGAGCCUGCUUGUGCGCCCAGGCUGAGGAGGUUAAAGGUCAGGGGAGUGGCACUUCCUUAAGUGUUGAACCCCACCCCAGCCCGUCAUCUCUGGCAUUUGGAUGGAGCUCCUUUCUAGAAGCUGUCACCUUGGUCCCUGUGGGCGAGGUCAAAGGUCAGGAAUGAAGGAGUGGAGCAGAGCCACCGUGCAGCCCUGAACUGCUAACAUUUGGCCUUUCGUGUGAAAGAGAACCAAGCAGCUGCCUGUUCGAGCCAUUGUUACUUGUAGGCAAAUCCAGUCUUCACUGAUGAGCAAGAGUGGAAUCCUCCGCAGCCGUGAAGACUGGUCCCGAGCCGGAAACCAACAUGGGUGAAAGAAGCCAGACGUGAAGGAAUACACGCGCUGAAUGGUUCCAUCCUGGGACAGACCGGAACAGGCAAAACUAGGAUACUGUCCGAGGUCCGGGUCCAACCAUCCUUUAAUGGAGACGGGAGGUGAAGAUCCGUUUGCCAGCCCGUCUCCUGCAUCUAAGCUGCGGCUUUCCCCGGACAGCGAUGUGCCUCCGGAUGGAGUCAUCUCUCCGGACCCCUUCACCGGCCCCCACCUGCUGCUCUGGGCCGAGGAGGCGGGGGGCCCCCGGCAGCCCCGCGCAGACCGCUGCCCGCCGCCGCCGCGCUCGCUGCCCCCGGGCGCCUGCCAGGCCGCGCGCUGCCAGGCCGACUCCGAGUGCCCGCGGCACCGGCGCUGCUGCUACAACGGCUGCGCCUACGCCUGCCUGGAGGCCGUGCCGCCCCCGCCAGUUUUAGACUGGCUAGUGCAGCCGAAACCUCGAUGGCUUGGUGGCAACGGCUGGCUCCUGGAUGGCCCUGAGGAGGUGUUGCAAGCCGAGGCCUGCAGCACCACGGAGGACGGGGCGGAGCCCCUCCUCUGCCCCUCGGGCUACGACUGCCACAUCCUGAGCCCCGGCGAUGUGGCCGAGGGCAUCCCCAACCGCGGGCAGUGUGUCAAGCAGCGCCGGCAGGCAGAUGGGCGAUUCCUACGACACAAGUUUUACAAGGAAUACCCAGAGGGCGACUCCAAGAAUGUGGCCGAGCCCGGAAAAGGACCCCUGAGGCACUUUCAGUGAGGCAAUGGGGCAGCCAGUGCGCAGGAACAUUCUUCCACUUUCCGCUAAGCCUUGGAAACCGUUGGACCAAACACGAUUUGACCCCCAGAGGCCAUGCCCAGCUCAACAGAGAUACUCAGACACAGGACACCCGGCUCUCGAUGCCAGCAUGACCCGCCUGGCUGGGUGACUUCGCGGGAGCACUGGGUCCCCGUGUGACCAUCCGGGGAACACAGCACACCUAGCAGCCCCGCUAGACCCGGAGACCCCACGGAGCCCACCCUGGAAGAGGUCACUGCCUUUGUGAGCUGUGUCAAGCCCCUUUCCGUGUCUGUGUUGUUGCGCAUUUCUUCCAGAUUUGUCUCUGGGAGGCAUGUCCCUCUGCCAGAUGUUCUCAAAAUAAAGCGCCCCUUACAAAACAGAAACGAACUUA